GGGGAACAGACUGCAACCGGGGAUCUAGAGAGCUGUCACAUUCCAAGAAAUAUUUAAAUUGUGCUGAUUUUCUUCUGGUGAACUGAGCCCAGGGAAUGAAACUCUUCAAGUCAUAGCUUUGCGGGCAAUAGAUCAGAGGAUAUUGCCAGUUUCCUAAUGGAUGACUGUUAUCGGGCAGGUUUUCUCUGAAGGGACUGGAGAUCAGCCAGAUCAGUUGUAUGCACAAAGCUGCUUUGGUUCUCCCUUUUCAAACAAGAGCUGCAGAAAACGUUAGAGCAAGGUUGAAGCUUUAUUCCUCUCUGAAUUACCAAGAAAGCACAGGACUGAUUUUGCAGGAGAAAGACUAUCAACUGACCCUAAAACUGUAUCAACAUUUUCUGUACAAGACAGAUUAUGACAGCUUCUUUCUUAAGGAGAGAAUGUUUAAAUUUCAUCAAGUGAAACAUAUUUUUGAAAUUCUGGAUAAAAUGAGAUGCCUGAGAAAACGUUCUACAGUGUCAUUCUUGGGAGUUCUUGUAAUUUUUCUUCUAUUUAUGAAUUUGUACAUUGAAGAUAGCUAUGUUCUGGAAGGAGACAAACAGCUUAUAAGGGAAACAUCCACACAUCAACUGAAUUCAGAACGCUAUGUGCAUACUUUCAAAGAUUUAUCUAAUUUCUCAGGGGCCAUCAAUGUCACCUAUCGCUACUUAGCUUCCACUCCUUUGCAAAGAAAGCGGUUUCUUACAAUUGGACUUUCAUCAGUGAAACGAAAAAAGGGAAACUAUUUACUUGAGACAAUCAAGUCCAUUUUUGAGCAGUCCAGCUACGAAGAGCUGAAGGAGAUCUCAGUGGUGGUUCAUCUGGCAGACUUUAACUCAUCCUGGCGUGAGGUCAUGGUCCAGGAUAUUACACAAAAAUUUGCCCACCAUAUUAUUGCGGGAAGAUUAGUAGUGAUACAUGCUCCAGAGGAAUAUUACCCCAUCCUGGAUGGUCUUAAAAGAAAUUACAACGAUCCGGAAGAUAGAGUCAGAUUUCGUUCCAAGCAAAAUGUAGAUUAUGCUUUUCUGCUCAAUUUUUGUGCCAAUACGUCAGACUAUUAUGUGAUGCUUGAAGAUGACGUUCGAUGUUCAAAAAAUUUCUUAACUGCCAUCAAGAAAGUCAUUACAUCCCUAGAAGGAACCUACUGGGUAACUCUUGAGUUCUCUAAGCUUGGUUACAUUGGAAAACUUUAUCAUUCACAUGAUCUCCCACGUUUGGCACAUUUUUUAUUAAUGUUUUAUCAAGAAAUGCCUUGUGACUGGCUAUUGACUCAUUUUCGGGGUCUGCUGGCUCAGAAAAAUGUGAUCCGUUUUAAACCAUCUCUCUUUCAGCACAUGGGUUAUUAUUCAUCCUAUAAAGGGACUGAGAAUAAGCUGAAGGAUGAUGAUUUUGAAGAGGAGUCAUUUGACAUCCCUGAUAACCCUCCUGCAAGUCUAUAUACCAAUAUGAAUGUUUUUGAAAAUUAUGAUGCCAGCAAGGCUUACAGUAGUGUUGAUGAAUACUUUUGGGGGAAACCACCUUCCACAGGAGACACCUUUGUGAUUGUUUUUGAAAAUCCAAUUGUAAUUAAAAAAAUUAAAGUGAGUACUGGAACAGAAGACCGGCAAAAUGACAUUUUACAUCAUGGAGCCCUAGAUGUUGGGGAAAACGUUAUACUUUUCAAACAAAGUAGACAAUGUGAUACUUACAUAAGACUAGGGGAAUUCAAAAAUGGAAACUUUGAAAUGUCAGAUGUGAAUCAAAAAAUUCCUUUUGAUAUAAAGUGUAUAAGGAUAUACAUUACCAAAACACAAAAAGAGUGGCUGAUUAUUAGGAGUAUUAGCAUUUGGACUUCUUAGUCAAUUAAAUCAACAUGUCCAGUAACUGAAA